AUUGUACAACGUCUUGCUGAUAAUGCUUCAAGUCUUUUAUACGACACCGAUACAAAUCCUGCGGAAACAUAUAAUUCAGUGAUUGCCAAGUUUGUAGGGGGUAAAAGGAUCAACUUUUCUUUAAAAAACUCGUAUCAAUUGCGAUGUGAAAUGGCUGCUAUUUCGUACAAUAGCAAAGGAAACUUGUUGUCUUUACUGCAUCGCGAACUAUGCAAUACGUCAUUAGGGCACUACACGCAAAAGCAUUUAAGUUUUAAGACAGCUCGGCGUUCUAAGAAAAUAAGGAAGUAUUAUCCAAAAACUAGAACAUUUGCUGCAGCAGACAAUGAUUAUGGUUUAGUAGAAGACGAUUUUACACCCGAUCUACCAGAGGAACAAUAUGAAGAAAAGAUGGCUCAGUUUUUGCUAGAACUGAAAAAUGUUAACAAAAGACAAAUUGCAGAAGGAACAUUGCAUCAAUCUAAAAGCGACAUAUGGAUUGCUGAACGAAAAAAGAGAUUAACUGCUUCAAAUUUUGGAAAAAUUUGCAAAUUGCGGAAAACCACCAAUACCGCCAAAACGGUGUCGUCUAUAUUAUACUCUACAUUCAUCGGAAGUAUUCACACCCGUUUUGGUUUGGACAGUGAAUCUGCAGCUAUUGAGCUAUUUGAAGAUAUGUACAAUGUGCAGGUCACAAGAUGUGGCCUAAUCAUUGAUGAAAACAAUCCAUUUUUAGCAUGCUCUCCAGACGGCUUAGUGGAGAACAACGCCGUAAUUGAGAUCAAAAGUUCCCUAAAAAGUGGUGACAAUACUCCACUACAAGCAGGUGCAUUGAAACUGUUUGAUUAUUGCGAAAUUAAUAAAGAUGAAAACAAACUUACACUAAAAAAAAAACAUAACUACUAUUACCAAGUACAAGGCAUUUUGGAAAUAACUGGACGUCAAAAAUGUUACUUCAUUGUCUACACCAAAGGAGGCAUUCAUGUCGAAGAGAUUGAAAGAGACAAAAUAUUUUGGCACAAUCAAAUGGAAAAAAAAUUAAAGCAAUUUUAUUAUAAAUCGCUCCUUCCGGAAUUGGUCGAUCCUCGACGAUGCCGAAGUAUGGACAUCCGCGCCGUAUAUAUGAAUGAAGACUGCCAAAAAGAAUAAUUCGUUACGCAACUAUAUCGUUUUUAUUACUGUAUUUUUAUGUGAUUAGUGGUAUUAAAACGGAAAAAGUGCAAUUUCUUUACUUUACAGAAUCAUUGAAAUCAUGAUAAACUGUUACACCACAGCAGUGAUCUGAUAUACACCAAUUUGGUGUAAUUAAGUACAUUCUAAUCUUUUCCGUACGGCAUUUCUUGCUUAAAAUUACCUAAGUAAUUAUCGCACAUUUCCAUAACAUAAUUACAUCUUUAUGUCCAUUCAAGAUGCAAAAUUGUCAACACAAAACCAUGCACUUAAUCACAGAUAGAAGUGCCUUCACUUUAACCUAUUAUGUAUGCAAAUUAGUUUAUGACCUCUAUUGUCCCUAAGACAUGCCUAGGGUUUUACCUGAAGUUGAGAGAGACUAUUUCGAUUAAUAGGAAAUCUAAGCGACUUUCGCCCUUACAAGCAAUAAUAAAAUAUUGGUUUUUGACACUUUUUUGAUAGUAAAUUUGAAUUCUAACAAUUUCUCAAAUGCUAUAAAAUUCCUUAAAAAAAUAUUGUACGCUCCUAUGUUUAUUACAAAAUUGUAUCAUUGUUCGUUAUUAUGCAGUGUGGACUGCUAUUAUUUCAAUAAAAAAAUUCACAGAGGCGUUAUUAUUAAUUGUAUUAAACCGUAUAAAACAUAGGAGCGUACAACUCUAACCGCAGAUUACGUUGGCGUAUCACAACUUUUUUCACAUUGCAUAAUUAAGAAAAAAUGUGUCAAAAACCUUAACAUUGCUCUUAUGGAAGUAUGGUGUGUUGCAAACUUGCGACUAGAUACCCCUUAAGGAAUUUGUAGAUAUGUUUAAUAAUGAUUUAGAAUGUAACGAUGAUAUGAUUGAUUUAUUGUAUCGUACUACUUUUUAUAAGGUUAAUCUAAUUGAUCAAUAAAAGUCUAAAUGUAUUUGUGCAUUUUCAUUUAACGCCAUUAAAAAUAUGAGAUACAAUUAAAAGAGACUGCGGUAAGUAAACAAUACUGAU